AUGUAUCCACGACCCCACGUCCCUCGCAGGCACAAGGGCCAACGCCGCGAUACCUUUCUAGCCACGAACUGGGCACACAUCGAGUUGCCCAUCGAAUGCAAGUCGAACGGCUCUGGAGACCCUUUCGACGAUAAGCAGCCAAAUGGCGAGCCGAAGACCGCGAAGCGCAGGGACGCCCUCGGCCAAAUCUUGUCUUACGCCGAGCUUGUUCUCGAGUAUCAGCAGCGCACUCACCUCUUCAUGCUCGUCUUCUUCGGAAAGUACUAUCGCAUCGUCCGAUUCGAUCGCUCUGGCAUCUUCGCGACGCAGAAGAUGGACUACUUACUCAACGAUCGACUGCUUAUCGAGUUCAUCUGGCGCUACGUCCAACUCUCUCCUGAGGAUCGCGGGUACGAUACGACCGUUCUCCGUAUCGACCAAAACAGCGAACUUGCGGGGAAAAUGCGUCAGCGUCGGGACGACCUUGAGAAGGCCCAACCGGAUCAUUACCUCACGGCCCUCUGGACGGAGGCGCUUGAUUCUCGUCGACCGUGGUGGAAAGUCAAGGUCGAAGACGACAUCACCAAGAAGGAUCUUUGGUAUGUCGUUGGAAAGCCCAACUUCCAAGCACCUGGAGUUCGGGGUCGCGGGACGCGUGGCUACGUGGCUCUCCCUUUGAAGAUCGGGGAGGACGGAGAACAGCUCGGCGAGAAGUUCGUCUACCUCAAGGACGCGUGGCGUGUCGUGGCUGAGGGUAUCAUGCCCGAAGGUACAACCUUGAAGACGCUCAACGAUUACAAAGACGUACCAUUUAUCCCUACGCUUCUCUCUCAUGGCGACGUCACUGGGCAGUCGACACGGUCUCCGGUGGUCUGGGAGUUGCUUCACCCUGGGAAGACGUGUCCACUGAAGCAGCAUCAACACUACCGUAGCGUCGUUGCCGAGGUCGGCAAGCCACUUUCAUCCUUCAAGGAUAGCUAUCAGCUUGUGAAGGCGGUGUAUCACUGUGCCCUCGCACACAGAGCGGCUUACAAGCAUGGAUAUAUUCAUAGAGAUAUCAGCGCAGGAAAUAUCCUGCUGUAUCCGAAUAAGAACGGUCACUGGUGCGGGCUUCUCAACGACUGGGAGCUCGCCAAAGAUCGCAACCGGGAACUCAUUCCACGACAACUCGAACGGACGGGGACUUGGCAAUUUCUUUCCGUCAAUAUACUCGACGAUCCUGGCAGCGUUGUCGUCAUCGCUGACGAGCUGGAAUCGAUGUUUCACGUCGUCAUCUACUAUGCUGUCCGC